AUGGAGCUGGUUGCUAAAGAACUAGCUGAUCCAGAGAGAGAUUGUAAACGGUUUGAUCCAGGGAGUAUGCAGAUCCAGAGAGAGAUUGUAAACGGUUUGAUUCAGGUGAUUAGGGAGCUGGUUCCUAGGAAACUAGCUGAUCCAGAGAGAGAUUGUAAACGGCUGAUCCAGAGAAAGAUUGUAAACAGUUUGAUCAAGGCAAUUAGGGAGCUGGUUGCUAAAGAACUAGCUGAUCCAGAGAGAGAUUGUAAACGGUUUGAUCCAGGAAAGAGAGCCCGUGAGUUGUUUAAUGCACUGGACGAUGAUGGAAAUGGAUUCUUAACUGAAGAUGAAUUUAUAAACGGCUGUAUGAGUGAUGAUGCUUUUGUGAAAGUUCUAGAUGAUUUUUGCGGAGAUUUUAUCUGGGGAGCUGGUAAAUAGGAAAACGGAGACUCCAAAAGUGCAACAAUUAAGAAUAUGUUUGUUGCAAAUUUCAUGUUCAAAUGUUUGAUACAAAUAAAGAUGUAAAUUAUCAAGUUA